CCCAAAGGAGUCCGCUUCGGCCCUUUCCAAGGCAAAGUGGUCAACACGAGCGAAAUCAAGGCUUACGACAACAAUUCGCUGAUGUGGGAGAUCUUUGAAUACGGUCGCUUAAGUCACUUCAUAGACGGGAAGGGUGCCGCUGGCAACUGGAUGUCCCUGGUGAACUGUGCCAGGGUCCCCGAGGAGCAGAAUUUGACGGCUAUCCAGUGCCAGGGGCAAAUCUUCUACGAGAGCUGCAAGGAAAUCCUCCCGAAGCAGGAGCUGCUGGGGUGGUACGGCGAUUGCUACGUGCAGUUCCUGGGCAUCCCUAUCAGCCUGAAGGGAAUGCCGGAGGGGAAGAGACCCUCGCAGAGCCCCUUGUAUUCCCGCGGAUCUGUGCCUGAAACCGGGGAGAGCUUCAAGUGUGAGCACUGCGGCAAGGUUUUUGCCUACAAGUACUACCGGGACAAGCACCUCAAGUACACACGUUGCGUGGACCAGGGGGACCGCAAAUUUCCUUGUGCACUUUGUGACCGAUCCUUUGAAAGGAGAGACAGGCUGAGGAUCCACGUUCUCCACGUUCACGAAAAGCACAGACCUCACAAGUGCCCUGUGUGUGGGAAGAGCUUUUCUCAAUCUUCCAGCCUGAACAAACACAUGAGGGUUCACUCUGGGGAGCGUCCCUACAAAUGUGUCUACUGCAACAAGGCGUUCACAGCAUCCAGUAUCCUGCGCACUCACAUCCGCCAGCACUCCGGGGAGAAGCCCUUCAAGUGCAAACACUGCGGCAAAGCCUUUGCUUCACAUGCAGCCCACGACAGCCACGUGCGGCGCACCCACGACAAGGACGGGGGCUGCACGUGCUCAGAGUGUGGCCAGCACUUCCCCAAGCAGGAGGACUACAACUUCCACGUGAAGAUUAGUGCUGCUCAUUAG